UUCGCCUAGUUCACUCUGUAGACUAGCAAGCUAGCUGUUCAUCACGCGUAUCGCGAAUGUCAUCGGCGGCGCAACGAAAUAAAAAAAAUUGUGAAAAAAAAUAAUUUAAUGGAAGUCUAGUGCGAAUUAUAACAAAAUACUCAAUUAAAUAAAACAAAUAUUAUUUUACAACAUAUAAAAAUCGCUUUUAUUUCAUUGUUGCCAUUAUAUUUGAUCGUGUAUACUUCAAAGUCAGGUUUCACGUAAAAAAUAUCUCCGAUACAAGAAAAAAAAUCCAUUUGCUUGAUACGAAAAGGUUACACAACAACUAACACCUUUAAGCAAUAUACAUUUUGUCAUCAUUUUUAAUCUGCAAAAUCCAUCAAUUAAACGUAUUUAAUCAUGAAAAUCUGGACAUCAGAGCACACAUUCAACCAUCCCUGGGAGACAGUGACACAAGCGGCAUGGCGCAAAUAUCCGAAUCCUAUGACCCCAUCUAUUAUUGGCACAGAUGUCGUUGAUAGAAAAGUUGUAGAUGGCGUGCUACACACUCACAGAUUGGUGCAAUCAAAAUGGUGUUUCCCAAAAUGGACACAUGCGUUAAUUGGAACAGCUAAAGUAUGCUUUGCCAGCGAAAAAUCCACAGUUGAUCCAAACAGAAAACAAAUGAUUUUAAAAACCAUGAACCUUACAUUCUGCCGACAUAUUUCCAUAGAUGAAGUCAUCUAUUAUGUUCCCCAUCCAUCAGAUCCAUCCAAGACACUUUUGAAACAAGAAGCCCAAGUGAGUGUGCAAGGUGUGCCCCUCAGUCAUUACAUGGAAGAUCUAGUAACAUCCACAAUAAGUAUGAAUGCAGGCAAAGGACGCCAAGGUCUGGAGUGGGUAAUAGGACGCAUCAACUCUGAGGUCAAAGGUAUUGCUGAGAGUGCUGCUAAAAGUACAGAUGAUCUUCUGAUGACAACAAAAAAAUCUUUUGAUGAAAUGGCUGAAAACGCGCGAAAAAGCAUGGACGAACUUGCUGCUCAAGCAGCCAAAUUCCAUAUCUAACGAAAUUAAGCCUAAAUUAUAUAACAAAUCUUUACAAUCCGGUUGCUAUUUUUCGUCAGUAGCAAAUCGCUUGUUUGAUUUUGUUGUUCCUUGCUUCUUCAGUUUGAGAAGAGAGAGCUUGAACGUGAUGACGAAAAAUCCAAACAUUUAAAAGGCAGAGUGCAUGGUUCUUGUAUGGACAACAGACAGAGGCAGACAGAUAAAGGUUGUGAGGAAGAAAUAAAUAACAGUCAUAUUAAAAAAAAAUUAAAACUUCAUCAUUAAGAAUGUUGAAUUCUUCGACGGCGGUUCAGUUCUCGAAGAAAACACGAGUUUAAAAGACACACGAAAAUGAGCUUGGUUCUCAUCAAGUAGUUGUAAUAGGUACAAAUUAAAUGAGGAAAAGACACCAGCCAAACUUUUACGCGCAUUCAGUAAAAUACAUAAAAA